AUGCAGCGCGGGAGCAGCUUCUGCCGGGCUUGUUACUUUUCGCAGCGUUCCAAGCCGAGCGCCAGUCUGCCCAGUCUACGGCGGACGUACUCCAUCGACUCGCCUAAGCCAGCAGACACAAGGACGACGCAUGCACAGCUGAGCGGGCUGCUCAAGACGGCCAAAGAGCAGGCAAAGGCUCUGCAGGUCGACCAGCGCCUGCGUCUGGCUGCUCAACUAACCAAGCAGCGCUACGCCUCAGCUGCCAAACGCAUCGAGCAGGAGCUCGGGGUACUUUCCCAGCGAUUGAGCAAAGCGAGCGGCUAUGAAGAGAUCGAGGACCUCAAGCGACUCGUCGGCGAGACCGAGCUUGCCCUCGCUGGGCGCCGUCAAGCAGCCCGAGAGGCGAAGCAAGCCUACGAACAAGCCGUUGCAGCGCGACUCACCACUCAGCGCGAGAUGAAUGACAUUCUUGCACGCAAGUCGGCCUGGUCGGACAGUGACAUUGCAGCUUUUCCAGAGAUCGUCCGCCGCGAGCAUGCUGCCACGCAAGCAGAGAGACAAGCAAAAGAAGCCGUCGCUCUGUCGGACGAGCAAGUUGAUUCGACUUUCGAUAACAUGAUGCGCCAUGUUCUCGCUCGUUAUCACGAGGAGCAAGUAUGGUCUGACAAGAUCCGCUCAGUGUCGACUUAUGGCACCCUGCUCAUCACCAGUAUCAACGUCGUACUCUUCCUCUUGACGCUCAUCGUCAUCGAGCCCUGGAAGCGUAAGAGACUUGUCGCAGGAGUUGAGGAACGCAUUCGUGCUCGCGAGGACCAAAUUGCUCAAGCUGUUGCGACGAUCCAGCAAGAACUCUCGGCGAGCAUGCAGCUGACAAACGGUCAUCUCGCGACGAUCGUCUCUGGUCUGACUGCCGUAUCGCCCGACGCUGUAUUGCCUCCCACCGCGGACGAGUCACAGUUGGACGACACCGUCGUACAAGAGGUCGAGCGCGUUCUGUCGGCUUCCGACACCCGUGAGGCGACCUUUCUGCAACGAUGGUCUAUCAGCGCUCGUCAGUGGAUAGCGCAACUGGCUCUCGUCGACUGGGAACGCGCAGAGACGCCGUUUGGCUUGGGUCUUGUCCUGGGCACGUUGUGCACGCUUUGCUGGCUCUACUAG